GUAGGUGGUGCAAUGCAUGGAGCAGUGAUAAGGCGGGGGUGUGCUGCCUGUCAGGUCUUGUCAUGCUGGCUGGCCUGGUGGUGGUGACUAGGUGAAGGCUGGCAAGGGACACGAUGGCACGCGGUUCUGAGUGUAAGGAGGGCAUUGUGGUGGUGCUGGACGUGGGGCGCGGUGUGUGUGCUGGCGCUGAGCCCACCUUCUUCACCCGCGCCAAGGACUGCCUCCGCUUCAUCCUGCAGAGAAAGAUAUUUGCCGAUAAGUGCUAUGACGUUGUGGGAGUUGUCACAUUCGGCACGGCCGGGACCAACAACCAGCUGGCAACAGGCAACCAGUACGAGCAUGUGACAGUGCUGCAGGAAGUGAGACUAGUAGACUGGGACAUGAUGAAGCAGGUGGAGAACCAAGGCUGUGGUGGCAGCAGUGGAGAUUGGCUGGAUGCAUUAGUGGUGGCCAUGGACCUGCUGCAUGACCCAGAUGGGAAGCGCUUCACUGGGAAGAAGAUUGUGCUGCUCACAGACUUUAGCGGUGAAUUCAGUGAUGACCAGAGCACUGCCAUCACAUCUGGACUCCUCAAUGAAGGGAUAGAGUUGGUGGUGAUUGGACCAGACAUUUUGAGAGACUUAAAUGAGGAAGAGGACGGGGAUGCAAAACAGCCCGGCACUUCCGAUGGCAAUGACAGCAGCUCCCCCAAGAAGCCUUCCCUGAGCUGGAAUGGCAAGCCCAAGACCAUGGUGCAGAUGGCCGGCGAGGCGGUGGUGGCUCGCAUAGUGGAGAAGGUUGAUGGGAUGCUGUGCAGUUUUGAGGAUGCUUUGCCACAGCUCAUGUUCUUUGAGAAGAAGAAACAAGCCAGUGCAUCGUGGAACACAACCCUUGACAUUGGGGCAGACUUCAAGAUCGCCAUCACUGGCAAGAUCAAGGUGAGGGACGUUUCCUUGCCCACCUGGAAGAAGACCUACAGUGGGGAUCCUUCAGCAGUCAUCAACAAGGAGGUGUCGUACCACCUGUAUGAUGAGAAGCAGACAGCAGUGCCGGAGGAGGAGGUGAUUGAUGGCUACUUCUAUGGCACCACCCUUGUCCCCGUCUCAGAUGAGGACAUGAAGAUGGCAUACAAGUCCAAAAGUCCCAGAAGCAUGUCCCUCCUUGGGUUCACUGAGACCAAGAAUGUACCGCAUUGGAUCCGGGCCGGCAACCAGGUUCUUGUGGUGACGGCUCGUGAUAAUGAUGAUGGGGCAGCAGUGGCCCUGUCAGCACUGAUCCAGGCCAUGGUGGAGAUGGACAUGGUUGCCAUCACCAGGAGAGUCUACAGCCAGAACCUCAACCCCAGGCUAGGGGCGUUGUUCCCAGAGAUCACCAAAGACCAUGAGUGCCUCCUCUGGAUCCAGCUUCCAUUCAUCCAGGACGUGGAGCGCCUCACCUUCCCUUCCCUACAGCCGAGGUUAGACAAGCUGAAGCAAGAGGAAAAGGACGCCAUUGACAGUUUGAUAGAUGCCAUGGAUCUGUCUCAUGUCAAGGGAGAGGAUGAUGAUGAGGAGGAGGAGGACAUUCUAGACCCCACAACUGUCCUCAAUCCUCAGAUACAACACUUCUAUAAUGUCCUCACUCACCGCGCUCUCAACCCUGGAGGGAAACUGCCCGAACCUGCUCCACACAUCCUUAAAAUUUUAGAGGUGCCAGAGAAGGUGUGUGAGGCAAGGGACAAAGUGGCAGCCACACUGAAAAAGCUGUUCCCCACCCAGGCUCCAGUAGCAUCCAAGAGAUCCCAGAAUGUGUUUGAUGUUGAGGACAAGAAGGAUGGUGGUGAGAAGAGGGCCAAGGUGGAUGACAGCUUGAGUGCCAGUGACCUAGUACAGCACCAGGUGACCCAGGUGACCACGGCCUCCCCGGUCAAGGACUUUAUGGCACUCCUUCGGGGAGACGCUCCUAAUUUCAAUGACAUCUGCAGGCAGAUGGGAGAUGUGAUCCUGCAGCUCAUGGACAGCCUUGCAGGGGCCAGCAGUGGGCCGGUUGCCGCUGCCAUGCAGGACAAGGUGUUGGAGUGCCUCACCACUUUCCGUCAGGAGUCCCAGAGCAUCGACCCAGCAACCUUCAAUACAUUUCUUACCUCUCGCUUCAAGGACGUUGUGAUCUCCCUCUCUGUGAAGGAUCUGUGGGACCGCAUGAAGGAAGGCAAUCUUGGACUCAUAACUGUUGAGGAGAACGGGAGGAGCAGCGUGAGCAAGGAGGAGGCGAGCACCUUUCUCCAGCUGGAUCAAGGGAAACAGGAGGCCCCACCACCUGUGCAGGAGGCCGGAGACGAGAUGGAGGACCUGCUGGAUGACCUGUAGUUCACCACAGCGUCAUGUGAUGGCAGAUGUGUGUCCCAGCAAGAUGUCACUGGACAGGUGAAAAUAGUAUCGCUGAUUAAUGUUCUAGCUUUUUUAUGCUUGACAUAAUCUUGUUCCCAUUUUUCAUUUCAAACAACAUCAACCUCAGAUAUGCAGGCAAGUGUUUAUCAAAUGAUGUGAUAACUUGAGGAGUAAAGGAAGGUGACACA